AGAUCCUAUUGGCUUAUGUAAACACUAUUUUCUUUCAUGAUUCUAACUAAAGGUUUUGCAUUCUAACUGUUCGAUCAUUUGUCCCAAGGUGAUUUCUGCAGCAAAUUCUUCCAAGAGCUAUGAAAUCAAUGUUGCUGCUAAAGCAAUCUCGUAUCAGAUGUCUUCUCCUUCAGAAUACUGAUUUUUUGUCCAUACAAAUCAUGUAUAAGUCUAGUGGAGGAAGACCAAAGAAGAAGAUCUAUCAGAGAGUCUAUGAUCUGGACAGAGUUAUGGAGCUUCAGAAGAAGCCUUCCCUCAUUCUAGAACUCAAAGCCAUCAUCCAAAGACAAAAAAACCACUCUCUCCUCAUCAGAGACCUCGAGAAAGAAGUUGGGUUUGUUCAAAAAUGGAACUUUAUGUCUGUGAUUGAAAAAUACCCCACAAUCUUUCGUGUUGGUGGUGGAAACAGAGCGCCCAUUUCAGUUAGGCUUACGGAAAAGGCAGAAAAGAUUGCUUCAGAAGAAGCUCAUGCUAGAGAACUGAUGGAACCCAUUUUGGUGAAGAACCUGAGGAAGCUGUUAAUGAUGUCAAUGGACUGUAGGAUCCCAGUAGAGAAGAUUGAAUUCAUUGAAUCAGAACUUGGUUUGCCUAGGGACUUCAAGGAAUCAUUAAUUCCAAAGUACCCAGAAUUCUUCUCUGUGAAAGACAUUAAUGGAAAAGCUUAUCUUCAUCUGGAAAGUUGGGAUUCUUCUCUAGCUAUCACUUCUCGUGAAGAAAAGCUAGAUAUCGUUGCUGCAGCCCAUUAUGGCAGCUCAGAUUUCAGUGGGUUUCAAAAAGGAGUCAAGAUAUCUAGGGAUGGUAAUUUUUCUGGUCCUUCUGCUUUCCAGAUGAAUUUUCCUGCUGGUUUCAGACCCAAUACAAAAUAUCUUGAAGAAGUCCAAAAAUGGCAGAAAAUGCCCUUUCCUUCCCCAUAUUUGAAUGCAAGGAGGUUUGAGCCUGCAGACCCAAAAGCUCGAAAACGGGCGGUAGCAGUGCUUCAUGAGCUCCUUAGCUUGACUAUGGAGAAGAGGAUGAGUUCUGCCCAAUUGGAUGCAUUUCAUGCUGAGUAUCAAUUACCAUGUAAGUUGUUGCUUUGUUUGGUUAAGAAUCAUGCCAUUUUCUACAUCACAAAUAAAGGAGCAAGAAGUACAGUCUUCCUGAAGGAAGCCUAUGAUGGGUCAAAUUUGAUAGACAAAUGUCCUCUUUUGAGAUUCUAUGAUAAGUUCAUAGCACUUAGUGGUAGGAAGGAUCCCAACUUGAGUAGUGAAAUUUCUUUACAAUAGAUUGGUAAAUGAAACCUGUAAUACCCUUUAUAGAUUAUCA